AUGAAGAACAACGGUUUAGAUAUAUUGAAUGAUGUCUUGGAAGAGAAUGUGGUGGUUAUAGGGGUUGACUAUAAUUCCGCGAAUAAAAAGUUCAAAGUUCCACCUAAGAAGAAGACAAAGUUUCAUAUGUAUUAUAGUCAUCCAAAGUCCAAAGGAAAGAAAUGGAAGAAAACUCAAGCUAAGAAAGUGUUGAAACCCAAGAAAACUGUCAAAUGUCUCUUAGCUCAUGUUCCUCUUAGAGUUUCUUCUAGAAAGGAUUGGUAUUUUGAUAGGGGAUGUUCGCAUCAUAUGACUGGUGAAAGGAUCUAUAUUGAAGAGUUAAAGCCAUAUUCUAAUACUUAUGUCAAAUUUUGUGACGAAACUAGAGUAAGAAUCAAGGGGAUAGGCAAGCUGAUGAGUUCAGAUUUACCAUGUCUUGAUGAUGUGCUUCUAGCAGAAGGAUUAACUGCUAAAUUGAUCUACAUAAUUCAAUUAUACGAUCAAGAUCUGAAUGUUGGCUACAACAAGUCAAAAUGA